CAGACGACUGUACUUUCCAGCACAAGGAAAUUUUAAAUAUGAUCGAGGACAUAUACAAGAAACAUUGUCAAAAUGCAUGUCCUAAGGCAAGAAGUCUUUGAUUAGUGUUGACUGGUAAAGCUCCCUGCUUGAGAAUGUAUGCAGAUUGGGAUACAUAUGAACAUGUCACACAAGCCUUUGGAGUCAAUGAGAGCAGACUGGCUGUCGACAUCAGUGCAAGCUUUACUGGAUUCUAGAAAGAGCACAAUGUUCCUGUUUAUCCUCUGGGACUGUCUGCUAGAAAAAUCCUGCCUGUGAGUUCCAGCUUCCACCAACGUAGCACCAGCAGCAUUCAGGCUUUGACACCUGUUUCUUAAGGAAUGAUGUUAAAGUGAUUCAGCGAAGUUUAUUCCUGGGCUGAUGGCCAAACUCAGAAGGAGAUCUUCUGUCCCUGGAACUGUAAUCACUUGCAAUUUUGAGGUUGGCUACAGGAUGUCAGGCAUGGAAUGACCCGGAAGACACCAAAUUGAUGGACUGCCAACAGGUUAAAGACUACAGCACUCAGGCCCAAGCUACUCUGUUUGUCAAUGGGGUGUGUGACCAUGAACAGCAUGACCAUAAGAAGGAUGUAAAGUCUCCUGAUGCUGCAGACAGUGCAGCGACAUUUUCAGCACCGACUGUAGUUCAGAAGGAAAAUCACCUGGGACAGAGAGUGUUGCAUUCCCUCACCACAAAGGAGGCUUGUCUGGAGGGCCCUCAAUCCCCUCUGGGGUUCACAGAUGUACCCGAACAUAUUUCAAAUGAGUCCACUACACAAGCCAUUUCUCUCAUUUCUUGUGAUUCUAAGGGUAUGAGUUCCUGGUCAUUGCCAGAUGACUGUGAGAAGGCUUCUUUCACCAUGACGGAGCAUGGAGGUAUGUCAGUACUGAGAGGUGACUGCCUAAUGCAGCAGUCCCGCCCCUGCCUUGGCUGCUUUAGUGAAAUAAAAGAUAGCACUGAUACAGAUCCAGGAAUAAGCCUGAAGGUGGGUGAUAUAAACAGGGAUUAUGACACCUGCUCUGUUUCAGAUAUAGGAAUUCAGUGCAUGAGUACGGGAGAAACCCUGAGAUAUGGUGAUCAGCUUCUUUCUGAUCAGCUUCUAAGCUUCCCUGUUCAUAAGUCAAGGCUGAGUGAUAAGCAGGAUGCUGAAAAGUCAGACAGUGAUUCGGAGGACCCCACUCAAAAAAAUUAUUAUGAGGGACUGUUACUUGACAAGUGCAAUGGGGACGAGGCAUUACUGUCAAAUCCCAGCCAAGAGUGGGGUUAUUUUGAAUCUUUUAUAAGUGAAAGCAAAAUUGAGCUGCUUGACCUCUGCUCUAAAAAUGAACUUUCUGUGAACUUGUUUUCUGAAGAGGAUGUGGACAAUUAUAUGUUUGAUGAUGAUGACUCCACUCUUGGAAGUGAUGUCUGCUCCCUAAAGAUCAGGUAUGAAUCUUUCCAAGACAACAUGAGGGAUAAGACCAGUGCUUUGCAAGAAGAUGCACAGUUUAAUUUUUUCCCUAGCAUAUUUACAAAUUGCACUAAAAAAGAAACUAAAAAUACUCUGAAAAGGAAUGUUGAUUCCUUGCAAUUCAGACCAGAUGAACUCGGCAUUUGGGGGGAUGAGGAAAAACUUUCCAUUAGUAAAAAUAUCAGUGUUGCAGAAUGUGGGCAGUUUCUGUCUUCUAAAAGAAACCAUUUACUAGAUUCAAGUAAUUCAGCAGAAGACUCUGGUGAAUAUAGUGAUGACAGCUCAUGUACGGGGUCUUCUUAUGAUACUCUGCAAGAUAUGAAGGAUUGCACAAGGUACUUGUCAAGACAGCAUUCAAACUCAUCCAUGCAGCAGAAUUAUGGCCUGAGAGCCAAAAGGAAAGUGAGGUACAGUGAUGACUACCUGUAUGAUGUGGAUUCUAUAGAAAGUGAAAAGAUUGCUGACAAAAAGGAAUGGCCUGUAGAUGGUCCAAAGGAAGAAGAUGAUGAUGAAUGGUGUCCAAAGAAGCGUAGAAAAGCUUCUCGGAAAGAACCUCCUGUUAUUAUCAAGUACAUCAUUAUUAAUAGAUUUAAAGGGGAAAAGAACAUGUUAGUGAAACUUAGCAAAGUUGAUGCAACCCAGACCACUGUUACCUUGAGUGAUGAACUGCUAAAACAGUAUGAUAGACUGGCCCCGCUGAAGGACUUCUGGCAAAAAAAAGAAGCGAGUAGACUUGCAUACCUGAAAUCAACUAUGUAUGGACGGAAUUCGAGCUGGGAAAGUUCAGAAUCAUUUCUUUCCAAUUGCAACAAAAGGAAAUCUAAGCUUGCAAACAGACACAGGAUUCAGAGAAUUAGAGCAAUAGAGCAGAUUCCUCACAAUCAAGGUUCUGUUUCUUAUGAUUACAAACAUCCAUGCAGCAGAAGAGAAGAUCUGGCCAUCACAAGCACACACACCAUAGCUUCAAUUAAUUCUAGCUGUACAGAUGAAUUUAGUUUGAAUGAUAUCACAAGCUCUAUUUCUUUAAAUUGCACAUCACCAGAGGAGGAAGAUAAAGGAAGAACAAAGAAGAUUUUGCAGCGAAUUAAAUUUAGGAGUGAAGCCCGUUUAAAAUGUAAAAAAAUCAAAGCAGCUCAAGAGGAUGACAGAAUCUCAACUAAUACAAUAGAUAACUCUCCUAUUUUAGAAAAACAGGACCCUGUAAUUAGUAUAAAGGCAGAAAGCAGUCAGUGCAUUUCUGACAGCCCCUCUGUACCUGAGUGUCAUGUUGAUGUGGAUGAUAAAAAAUCCACAUUAUUACAAGCCACCUGCCCACCAGAAAAGCCUGUAUCGUCUGUCAGUAUUGCUACCAGUGUCUCUGUUGUUCCUGGAGGGUAUCUCCAGACAUUGCUGGAUGGUUCAGAUUCUUCAGGUAACACCAAUAUUUCUUACUAUUCCCAUCAUUCCUCUGGGCAGAAUUCUGUCCCUGUUCCAGAAAAACAGUUUAGUCCAUUGCCUCUUGCUCAAAGUUGUGUUUUGUCUCCACCCUCAGAGUCUGAACUGCAACAGUCACCCCACCACUUAGAGUUAGAGCAGAACUUCACUAGUGCCUGGCAGACACAGGCUGUAAGCAAUCAGCAGUUCAUGCCGGAUAUGAGGGAUACCACUGUGCUGACGGAUGAGUUUGGUGACCCAGCAUCAUUGCCACAUAUUGAGAGCCUUUCUGCCUCUGGGUACAGCCAAAUGAGUACGAAUAUCAGCAAAAUGUUGUACCAUAAAAAUUACAUGCAGGACCUCCAGCUGCAGCCUGAUGGAUCUUAUCAGGUGUACCAUUACAGUAAUGGGGAGGGGCGUUUCAGUUACCAGCGAGGGACACUGAAUUCUGAUGAUGGCAGGCUAAUCAGUUUUGAUUCUGUUGGUUCACUGUCAGUUUGUUCUAGUAAUUAUAGUUCCCUGAGUCUGAAGUCUUGUGAAAAGGAUGGUGAAGAUGAUAUAAAUGAUAAUUUCUUAGCCCACUGCAGUCCAAAGUUAGUGAUCCAACAAAGCAUUGAUGAAAUAACCCCACUAAAGGAGUCCACAGACCUCUUGGACAUCUCAAAUUUUACCCCUGAUAAAUUCCGGCACUCUUCCCUUUCAGAGAUGUCACCACCAGAUACUCCUAACCUUUCUCCUCAGAUUAUCGAUGCCAAAUCUCUGAGCAACCUGAAAGGUUUUCAGGAUAGUUCUCAUGGUACUCUUGGAGUUUCAGAAGAUUCAAAUUGGGACUGCACCCUUAUGCAACAGCCAGACCAACCCGCUGAUUCAUUUAGUCUGAGUAACCAUCAGAUUCAGUUCCACAUGUUCAACGAUGAAGACCCUGUUAGCCUGCUGGAAAAGGAGUCCUGUGUAAAUACUUUCAGUGAGCCAACAAGUCAGUUUAGCAGCAAUGGGAAAGUAACAAAAUCGAAGAAGAAAGUGCUGAAUAAUAAAAAUAGCUGCCCAAGCCAAAGCUCAACUCAAAAGGCCAGUAAGAAAGCAAAGAGUCCAAAAGCCAGCAAAUCAGAAAAAACACAAAACAAAAACUUAAAGCAGGUAUCCAAGUCAACCAAAAAAGCAAAAAAUGCAACAGAAGUGAAGACUGAAAAAAAGCAAACAAUUGGCAGUCAGUUGUUAGGGCAGUUAAGGAAUCUUGCAGCUCCUGCUUCUAAAUCAUUGAUUCCAACCACUCCACAUCACAGUCGAACUACCUUAAAUGUUGGGAAACAAAAUGGAGUGCCCAGUGAUUGGCAGUUGAGUAAAAACAGCAAUGCAAGCUGGUCUGAGCCAAACAUUAAAAAUGCCAGCAACCUUCUUGAUGAUGACCAAAGGGAAUUUGAAGAGCCCUCUAAUAUUUUGUCUAACAUUGCAUCUGGGAUGGCAGAUGUUCACAGAUUUAUGAUGGCUUCUAUUGAACCAUUAUGGGGGCCUGUUGGACAUAACAGUGGUUCAGUUAUGUGCCAGUCACAUGAGUCUAACAGUUUAAAGUUAAAAACACUGAAAAUUCUGGCUAGUACCCCACAAGAAAUGAAAAAGAAAACUGGCAACAAUUCAUCUGGGGUAUCUAGAAACCGGAAGUCAGCAAGUAAGGGUUCAUCUAAAAAUAAAUCUCUGGUUUGUGAUUUAAGUGGCCUCAGCAAUUCUGCUGGAUACAGUGCUGGCAUGCGUAAUGUUAUUUUUGAUAAAAGCUAUACCCAUAUGCUGUCAGCAGUCAACAGUGGGCCAGCACACAAAAAGAUGUACCGUCAUAAGUCAAGUUCCAAAUCAGCAAGGGAUGAGAACUGCAAACUAAAGCGGCCUGGGCGAGAGCAGCAUAUCAAGGAGCCAUGUAUAACAGCUUCUUUUGAGAAACUGAGGUAAUGCUGCACAGGAAUUACUGCAUAGCUGCAUAUGCACCCUCUACUUUCCUGUUACCUGUGAAGCCCGCUGUUCCUCAUUGUUCCUUUCUGAAAGCAAGAAUUGCAUGUCAGACAUAACCCUUUUAAAAAUAAAUAAAUAAAAAUUUAAAACAUAUGCAUGAAAAUACCUUUACAUCUAUAUACUACCUAAACAAUGAACGUUUCUGGCUUGGCUAUGUUUUGACUAACAAGGCUGCCAUUUUCUGCUGUUUGCGUACUUCAUUUUUAUCUUUGUGUAUUGAAAAUAAGCUAAUGUUUUCUUUUACCCUUUAUUUUUUUUUGAAACAGAACUAUGUUUUUUUUUUAAAUAUAUAAAAGCUAAAGACAUAUAAUCAGUAUGUUUUAGACCAUGGGGGAAAACUGAAAAAGAUUUUUUUUAAAUUUAGCAAAGGAAUCAAGUCAUUUUCAUCUGUUCUGGACUAUCAUGCCCUGAUAAGUGUUGUGUAGCUCCUGCUGCCUUUUACGUCCUAUGCUGCAUUAUGUACAUUCUAUCAGAUUAGCAAGAGUUGUGAUCAUAUCAUUCUGAUGGAGUUGUACCACUGGAAAAUAAGUGGUCAUAAGAAUUGUUUUAUUUUUAUUUUUUUGCAGGGAGUCCGACUUCAGUCUUAAAGCAGAAACAAUGCUUUCAUUUUUAUGUGCAUUUGAAGGGGUUCUUUUUUUUUUUUUCUAAGAAAAAGACAUUUAUUUCUUUUUCUUCACAUUAAAAUGCCUUGCGGUAUAUAAAAAGUGCUGGAAUCUCAACGAACUUAAGUUAUGGAAAAUAAUUGCAAAACAAACUCUUAAAUCCUAACAGGUUUUAUAUAUACAUAUAUAUAUAAAUAUCUAUAUAUAAAGGUUCAUACUGUUGUACAGUAAUUUAUGCACUACUUGCAAAAAAAUGUGUGCCAAACCUCGAACAAGUGACUGUAAAUAGUUUUAUUUCUUUUCAGACUUUAAAUUUUAGUGUUUUAUUCUGGGAUGAUGCCUUUUGAUUUACAAGUAUUAUAUACACUCCAGAAAUUAAAUGGACUAGCCCCUCCCUCCCAUUUGGAAGCACCUGCGGCUCAUGAUGGAAUGGUAUGGAUUGGGAUACCAAAACCUGUGGACUGUGAUUAGCAGCUAUGUGCCGAAUUUACUUACCUCAUCCCUUGGAUCUGCUGCUUGUUAUGGCAGCUGGUAACUUGGUGUCAGAACUUCUUUGGUGAUAUUGCCUUCUUGCAGUAUACUUUGAUAGGAGAUAAUACUGUUAAUACCUGGCUGUGUGCUUUUUGGAAACAAUAUUUACAACAGGAUUUGUAACGUACUAGAACUUAAGUAUGGCAGCACAGAGACUGUGAACAGACAUUCAAUUAAGCAUCUCAGAACCAGCAAGAGUGAGUUUUGAAAAUGUAAUUUUGUAAUGUGAAAUCCCUUUGCAGAUUAUUCUCUGAUAUUUGUUUAUUGCAGAAAUGUCAUUUCCGUAAACUCAAGAAUGUGAAUUACUAAUGAAAGGCCCAACUUGUCCGGAAAAAAAAAAAAAAAAAAAAAAAACAUUGUAAAAGUGCAUAUGCAUGUAAUAAAAGUGUUUAUGAAAUUACUUUCUCUUAAAAUCUAACAUCACAUUGUGACUUGCACCAUUACAGGUGUGAGUUAAAUGCAUUCUGUGAUUGUAAAUCUCUGGUGGCAGUAGUUUGACAACAUUUUCCUGUAACCACAUUGUUUGUGGCUUAAUAAUAUGAAAGACUAUCAUACUUUUUGUCUUCUUCAGCUAAACAACACUAACUGUAAAAUGUAAACUUUUUGAAAGCUUAACUUGCUAUCUUGUUUUGGUUAGUUGCCUCAGUGCCGCUGCAGAAUUGUGGUGUCACCGGCCAACUGUUGUCUAGUUGUACCAGUAUUCUGUUUUGAUGGUUCAUUUGUGAAAAUGCUUAUAGCAGCUAGCUUUUCUGUCUUUAUAGAUGUACUCAACCAAAAUAUGCAGUAUGUUUAAACUUGAUCCAUGAAGUGCAAGGUUGUAUGCCACUAAAGAAAUUUGGUGAGAACCCAUGAACUGUGAGAAUAGUAAUAUAGCCGUACAUAUCCUGUUCCUAACAGAGUUUUAAUCUAUACAUUGUUAUAAUAUUGCAAACAGAACAGUAGGGGCAUUUUAACUUUUGAUGGUUAUCCAACAAGGUAACUAAAACUGACAAGGCAGUUGUUAAGCUUUACAAACUGAUGACAAAUAAAAGUGACUGCUUUCCUGUCUUUCGAAAUCACUUAGUAAAUUACUGACUCAUUUUGCACAUUUCUUAGCUCAGAAAAGCCAUUUUAAUUAUUUUAAUGAAAAAUGGCUUUUAAAAUGGUAACUUUUUUUAAUCAUAUCCAUUUUGUCUUGUGGAGAAUCUCAUUUCUGUUGUACUAUUCUUUUGUACCAUAUCCAAAUUACUUGCCCAUAUACUAAAACCAAAACAAGCAGGAAUCAGUCAGUUUCUCUAUUUUAUUCUGCUGUUGGAUUAAAUAGGGAUUUCUAUACAAAUAAGAUGUGAAACAGCCAUACUCAAAAUAUGCAAUUUAUCUUCAACUGUAAAGUGACUGUACCUUAUGAAUAAUUUCAUAGCAUUUGUGUUAUGAAUGUGGUAAUACUCAACCAUAAGUCACGGUAAACAUAUUAUGCCAGUUAAAUUUCACAUUUAAUAGGUAGCAUCCCAUGCAAUGUUACAAAACCAUAGUUGUUCUGUUGGUGUGUAGCUAAAAAUGUAACUUCAGUGGAAUUCAACAGCCGCUUAAAAUACAUGAAAAGUUGACAAUGAUGAACUGUAUUAAAGCUGUUGUAAUCCCAAAUAGAACAAUGGAAGUUUCUAUGUCAUUCAAGAGGACUUCAGCUGAGUGAUCAGAAAAUAUGAAAUGACUGAAUUAUCUUGAUCUGCCCUUACAACGCUGUAUGUAUGAGUAUACAUUAACUUUGUAUCUAGGCCUUUGUGGAAUAAUUAAGAACUCACUGCCUCCAUCUUUUCUUUAUUAGUUUGAGCAUUCUCUUGUAAAGAAUGUUUUUUUGGUCUCAUCUUAGCUGCUGAGGUAUAUACACACCUCCCACACA